AUGGUCAAGAUCAGAUGAAAAAAUAACUUCCACGAUAGCGACUCAGAUUCAAAUCUCUGCUAUCGAUCCAAAACGAUUCCAAAAAAAUCAAAAUCCGUGUCAUCAGGCUCUAAAAAUAUCACAGACCGUGAUUUGAUUGAUUCAACUUACCACACUAUUGCUGGGGAUAUACAAAACGGAAAAGCACUGAUUGAGAAGCUUGAGCACUCUUCAUGACAGCACCUUGAUGGUCCCCACCCAUCAGGCUCCUAUCAAAAAUGCCCGAUUUGUCUUGACACAUACGAUUCUGUUGAAAAAAUGCCCAUUUGCCUGCCAUGUGGCCACACAUUCUGCCGAAUUUGCGUGAGUAAAAUCUUAUCUUAUCUUAUUAUCAUUAACGUUUAACAUCCACUACGGGGUAGCCGUUUCCAGAGCUUUCACCAUAUUUGUACACGUGUCGGGCCCGUGGACCUAGAUCGAUCCCUUUUGUUGCUCCAGGGCACGCGCAAAUAAGGUGUUCCGGCUUCGACGGGCUUUGCUGUCGCCACGACUUUUAUUCGACUCAGCUCCUGCGCGUGUUCCGCCUAAGGGUCCACCUCCUUCGGGUGUGCUGAGGGGGUAAAAACUCAAGGUCUUGAACGCACUGAGGAGCAGUUCCUUUGGUUAUCCCCAAACGUUAAACUACUAUUGCUUGCAGAAGUUCUCGAGGUAAAAACUCAACCCCAUAAAUAAAAUUGCUUGAGUGAGAGAAAGUUAGCAGAGCUAACUUCGCUUGAGCGAAAGCCAUUUUAUUUAUGCGUGAGUAAAAUCAAAGUGAGUAUAGGCAUGAGCCAAUGUCCGUAUGACAGAAAAGAAUUCAACUCUUUUAUGGAAUUUCUGCCCAUAAACUGAGCACUAAUCCAAGAAAAAGAACGCUGCCCUGAGCAUGGCCUGUAUAUAAUUGGCUUUUGUCAAGAACACAUAAAACUCCUAUGCGGGAAAUGUCUUUUUGAGCACAAGGAGCACUCAUGUAUGGACCUGGAGUCCGAGCAGGUUUCUAAUCUGGUGUCUCAAAAAAUGGACCAUUAGCAUUACUUACUCCCCCCUUCGUGAAUGAACAAAACCAUUAGAAAAAUCGCUAUUUUUUGACCAAAAAAACCCACCUCCGUGAGUGAAACAAAAUUUUUUUUUAAUAGAAAAUUGUUUUAUGGAAAAAAAUUUGAUAUAUAAAUGAUAAUUAGUAUAAUGAAAUCUAGAGCUAAUUCUGUUUAAUUUUAAACGAAUUGCUUUUAAAAACAUAAAUUUUAUAAUUAAAUUAAUAUUUGCUUUCCAAUUUUUGCGAAUUAGGAUUUUUUUAAAUUUCGAAAAAAAAUUUUUUUUAUAAAAUUUAAAUAUAAAUUUUUUUAAAAAAAAAAAUUAACCCCCUCCGUGAGUGAACAAAAUUUUUUUGUUCAUUCACGGAGGGGGGGAGUUAGAGUGUUUAACGUGCUUUUCCAGCUCCGUAGGGUGAUUUAAUAAAGCCACAAGGGCUCACCCCAUUAGAGACCAAUUGAUGAUGUCACCGGGCAUUUCCGACGUCAUCCUUUUUAUCGAGUCGACGGACCAUUCUAACAAGUGACGGCCAAUUGGCUGCCACAUCUCACGGGCUGCGUUGCCUUGCUAAAAAAACUUGACUCCUGCGCGUUUUGCCGCCUAUGGAUCUCCUUCCUCGGGAGUGUCAAGCAGUAAAACCCUAUGCCCACCAAGCAUCCAAGGAUCAGGCGAGGAGGCUGUGCAUCCCUCCCCAUUGCUUACCUGAUAUAGCUAGAUAAGGUUCCACUGGGAAAACUGAACCCUAUAAUAAUAAAAUUGCCAAAAGGAAAGAAAAUUCUUCCAAGAAGAAUUUUCUAGACGACACCAUUUUAUUAUUAUUCUCAAAAAAUGGAUCAAAUCAGCAAAAUUGAGGUGAAAUUGGAAGAGCAGAUCAAUGUCUGGACAAGUGCUUAUGAAAUGAUUAACCAAUAUGUUCAUCAUAUAGACGAAGCUUUGAUGAGCAAUUCUAUUGAGCUCGCUGAAAGAGAACUGAUAGAAAUGAUUCAAAAGAACGCUGAGGAAUUCAGGAGGAAAACGGCAGAGUUUCAGCAGUUUGUUAGUGUAGAGCUGAGAGAGUCAAUGAAUAAUAUAGUUGGAGGGCUCCAAAAGCAUUUAAAUGUUGUGAAAGAGGUGAAGAGGAAAUUUGAAAACAUGGACACAGGGGAGAAAUUAAUGAUGAAUUUAGAAUAUAAUUUACCGUUUGGUGAAGAGCCAAAAUCUGUGAAGAGGCUUAAGAAAUUGUGCAAGAUGAUAGAUAAGCCAGCUUAUCUUGAGAGGUGACUCAUGUAUGGAAUAUCGUCAGCUGAUGAAUAA